AAACAAAAUCAUCUGUUCGGCUGUCAUUGAUAUGUCAAAGAUACAUGUGCUGUAAAUUGUACACAAUUAUUUUGGCUUAAUAAUCAUAUUUUUAAAGUACAAUGGGAAAGCAAAAGAAAACGAGAAAAAUACAAAAACAACGCACUGCAGGAUUGAAACGACUUUUGAAGCCAACUGAUAAUCGCAUCAAGGAAGAAAUACGCAAGAAGCGUAAGAAACCUGAGGAUCCCCACGCCUUGAAAGUACACAAUGUUCAACAACAAAGUUCAGCACUUUUCUUCCAAUACAACACGCAGUUGGGUCCACCAUAUCACAUUAUACUUGAUACGAAUUUCAUCAACUUUAGCAUCAAAAACAAACUGGAUAUUAUACAAGGUAUGAUGGACUGUUUAUAUGCCAAAUGCAUACCCUACAUUUCGGAUUGUGUUCGUGCUGAGUUGGAAAAGCUGGGCAGUCGAUAUAAAUUAGCGCUACGAAUUAUUUCUGAUCCACGAUUUGAAAGAUUGCCAUGUUUGCAUAAAGGCACGUACGCCGAUGACUGUUUGGUAGAGCGAGUACGUCAACAUAAAUGCUAUAUAGUAGCAACCAAUGAUAAGGAUUUAAAAAAUCGUAUACGCAAAAUUCCGGGCGUACCAAUUAUGUAUGUGGCAGCGCACAAAUAUGCCAUUGAACGUAUGCCUGAGGCAUAUGGUGUGAAAGCGUAACACUUAGUUGUUUAUGUAUAUAGUAAUUAGUUAGGUUUAAUUACAGUCUUAUGUCUUAUAAUUAAAGUUUCUACUUUAUUGUCAUUUUUAAAAACUGGAAAUACUUGAAUAAUAAUAUGAAAAAACUAAACCACCAAAAA